AUGCGCGACGACGAAUCCCUCGCCCGUCUGCUCACCGUCUUGCGGGAGCGCCGCGUACCCUUGACCCGCGAUGACGUGCAGUGGGCCUUCGACUCGGUCAAAACACAAAACGAUGCCGUCUCGUGGGUCGAAGAAUACCUGCACUCCGACACGCUCUUGAGCAAAGAGGAGCUUGCUCUGUACGAAACUCUCUGCGCACAAGACGAAGAAGUCAAGGACCUUGUACAUGUACCAGAGAUCCAGCCGUUCCAGGAUAACGGAAUCCGUGAUGCGAUUGAAGCCCUGGAGGCUUCCACUACUGCUAUUGAUGAGCAGACCAAAAGCCUCGAAGUCCAGAUGGACGCGCUUCUUGAGCUUCGCACGCAAAAUGCAGAGCCAAACAAUGCGGUUCGAAGGAAGCUUGACGACCGCAGGAGGAAAAUCACCUCGGAGAAAGGCCAGUUGGAUUUUGAUAUAGAAGGGCUGAAAUACGCCAUUAACGAUCGUAUCUUGUCUUCUCAGAAACAGACCAAGUCUGCAGCGUCUAGCUUGACAGCCGUGGUCAACGACCGCUUCACUUCUGAUGAUCGCAUGCUUUCUGCAGUCUCGAAGCUGUCUUCAAAGCUUGAGCCACCCUCUGAAGAGCAGUUCGAUUUCCAGACUAUCAACAAGUGGUGCACAUCACUGGUCUCGUUUCGAGCGGCCGGCAUUCGGGUGCGGGUUGAGCGCAUAUUCCAGGAAACUCUUACGAAUGACGACUACUCAGAGGAAGCAAGGCAACCCGCGGAUGAAGCGCUAGCUGAGAAAGAGGAGCUCAAAGAGGAGCUCGAGACGCUGCACUCUGAAAUCACAUCCGUAGCUCAGAUGGGUGUCGAGCAGGAACUGCGCCGACCUAUCUUCCAGACCCUCGAACAAGGACAGGGCCAACAAAAACGUCUCCAAAUACGCUGGCUCGACUAUAUCCUCGCUUCCUUGGAAUACAUGACCAAUCGCCUCCACCAUCUCACGAUGCACGCCGCCGAUUUAAGAGCCUACACUGCAGCUCUUUCAGAGAUUAGUAAGGUCUUUUCGGCUACUCUGCCCCCGCCGCCUCCAACACGCUCUUCGCCCUCCAAACAAGCCGCGGUCGCCCGUGCCCGUGCCAAGAGCAUUGCCGCCACGCCCGUUCAGCUAAGUGCGGCAACUCAGCAGCUUCUCCGCCAACUUGACAUCACGCUUCCGCCGGUCGCAGAGACUCGGCCACUUCAGGCUCUUGCGCAAGCCGUUAUGGACCGCCAGAGCCGCCUUCUUGCACACAUUGACUCGAGCCAGAGUACGGCAGUCCAGAGCGUGAGCGAAGCGGUGAGUUCGGGCGCAGUUGAAGUACAAGAGAUGCUUGCAGCGCUGUUUGCGAACUCUGAGUAUAGGACGGUGAAGGUGACGAAGAGGGAGGUGGAGGAGGGGCUGGAGGCGGUUGAGAAGGGCAUCGGUGAGGUGAGCAGCAUUAUGCCGGAACUGCAGGAAAAGAUGAACGUGGCAGGAGGAGAUGCGAAGUCAAAAAGGAGAGAAAGGGCGUUUGUUGGAAGGUGGGGGGCUCCGACCGAGUAG